AUGAAGAGGAAGUUUGGUGGAAACGAGAGGUUGAAGCGGUCUCUCCUGAACACAUUGAGGAGAGAAUUUGAGGUUCUUACGAUGAAGCCAGAAGAGAAGAUCGGUGAAUACUUUGGAAGAGUCAUGACAGUCUCAAACAAGAUGAGGAGUAACAGUGAGGACAUGCCGGACUCAAAGAUUGUUGAGAAGAUCCUCAGAACCUUAACAGACCAGUUCACAUACGUGGUGAUCUCCAUUGAAGAAUCAAAAGACACCAGAAGCAUGUCUAUCGAUGAACUACAGAGUUCUCUUGCAGUUCAUGAGCAGAAAUUCAAGAAAACCACACAUGAGGAAUAA